CAUGAAUAUGCUUGUGUGUCUUGGAAAAAACAGUUGUAAAGUCAUAUGUAUAGUGUGAUCUCAGCAAGAUAUUAAUUUUUUUAUUUAUUACUUUUUUCUCUAUCUUCAAAAUUGUAUACUAUGAGCAUAUUUAUGUAAUCAUAGAAAAUUUAAUAUUUUAACUUGGAGGACAUGUCUGUACUUUUUCUUAUAUUUUUAGACAUUUGAAGACAGUGAUUUGUUCCAUUUGAUUGGUGUUAUCUGUGGCUUAGCUAUUUACAAUUUUACUAUUGUGGACCUCCAUUUUCCUUUGGCUUUAUAUAAGAAACUACUGAAAAAGAAGCCAUCCUUGGAUGAUUUAAAAGAACUAAUGCCUGAUGUUGGGAGAAGCAUGCAACAAUUACUGGAUUAUCCAGAAGAUGACAUAGAGGAAACAUUUUGUCUUAAUUUUACGAUCACAGUUGAAAACUUUGGUGCAACAGAAGUGAAAGAGCUGGUUGUAAAUGGUGCAGACACAGCUGUUAACAAACAAAAUCGGCAAGAGUUUGUUGAUGCUUAUGUGGAUUACAUAUUCAAUAAAUCAGUGGCUUCCUUAUUUGAUGCUUUUCAUGCGGGCUUUCAUAAGGUCUGUGGAGGAAAAGUUCUGCUGCUCUUUCAGCCUAAUGAACUACAGGCAAUGGUCAUUGGAAAUACAAACUAUGAUUGGAAGGAGUUAGAAAAGAAUACAGAAUACAAAGGGGAAUAUUGGGCAGAACAUCCUACGAUAAAAAUUUUUUGGGAAGUAUUUCACGAAUUACCAUUGGAAAAGAAGAAACAAUUUCUGUUAUUUUUGACAGGUAGUGAUCGCAUUCCUAUUCUUGGUAUGAAGAGUCUGAAACUAGUCAUCCAGCCAACAGGAGGUGGUGAGGAAUAUCUCCCAGUUUCCCAUACUUGUUUUAAUCUUCUGGAUCUUCCAAAAUAUACAGAAAAAGAAACUCUACGCUCUAAACUGAUCCAAGCUAUUGAUCACAAUGAAGGCUUCAGUUUAAUAUAACUUUGGAGUUACAACUAUUCAGUUUAGUGCAAAAGCAUUAAACUAUUUGUGUUUUUCUUGUGGUGAUGAAUUCAGCAAGGUGACAGAAGUACUAUUAUAAUUCUUACUUGCAAAAUGUUCAAUCUGCGAGUGUUCAUGGAAGCCAAAAAAAUUAAAGGAAAAUGAACAAACUGUUAAUAUUACUGUACAGAACCAUGGCUUUUUUUUGACCAUCUUCCAAUAAACAUACAGGUAUUGUGAAUACAUUAAAGUUUUACUAACAUGAAUUUCAAGAGUUUGCAUAUUUCAGAAAUGAUCUGGUGUGAGUGCAUGGAAAUACUGCUUAAUUUUUCUUCAAUCAUUGAGUGAAAAACCUUUAACUUUGGCCUGCGAUAGUCAUUUGAUUAUUUUUUCAUUUUGUAAAUAAUACUAAGUUUUGUAAUAAAAUAGUUAUGUUCUGAUACCAGUACAGUUUCUAUGGUUGUAAUUGAACCUGAGCAGACUUUUAAAGGUUAAAAAUUAUGAUUUCAAUCUUCCUCUGAGACUCUAUGAAAAAAAAAAAAGGUAGCAUGGUGGAAACAGUCAUUUCUUUUUUGCUAGAAUAAGUGUCUUUGUGCAACCCUAAAUCACAAAUAGGGAAUAUACUACAUAACCUGCAGUUCUUUUCUCUUUUGUGAAUCCUGACAUGCUGAGAGAUGGGGGAUUGUUGAAACUAUUUAGUAUUGGAAGAAGAACUCUUGUCUCUACAUUUGCCAGUAAUAAAAAGAAACUGGCUACUAUGAGCACCAAUCUCUGGGUUAUAGCUUUCAAAAUUAUUGAUGCUGCAGUGCUUUAAAAAGCUAUUUCCUUGAAUUUAUUAAACAAAUCUUAACAGUUUUAUGGUGCUGAUGCUUAGUUAUCUCAUGCCAUUAAAUUGUAAAAGUGAGUGGAUGCAAUACAUGUGACUUUCUGCUACAAUGCAAAUAUUUAUUUUUAAAAUUUAUUUAAAAAUGCCGUGAAACUGUUUAAUAAAGAUUUAUUGUUUUAAUAUUUAAA